AUGCCGCCAGCAGCAAGAGGAGGAAGAGGCGGUGGGCGCGGCGGACGUGGCGGCGCAUUCAACCCGGCGCGUGGGACUGUGACGAUCGCUGGCACAGAGCUGAACUGGGACUUGACUGGCCUCGACAUCCAGAAGGGGCCAGCCGAGCGCUUUCCUGUAAGCCUUCCUUUGUCUUAUCGCGACACGUCACGCCUGGACAUGCAACACCAGCGCCCUCUACAGCUCCUGCUACAAGCACCGCUCUGCACAGCUUCAUAUCAUGUUGUUCCAGUCGCAAUGCUUCGCAAGCAGCCCAAGCCGCAGUCGGGCGCAUCUCCCAAUCACCCACUAAGACGGGAACAGGAAGCACCUCCUCCACAAGCACCCCCUCCGACCGACCACGAGAAGGGCAUCACGGCGCAUUAUCUGGCCGUACGCGAUCGCAUACACGAGGGGCCUUUCUACACGAUUCUGAACGAUGGCAUGAAGAACGGCCUCAAGAGGAAGGCCAACGAGAUUGCGCCCACGGAAGCAUCGCUGUUCAACCCCUUCACCGACAACCAGACGUUUUCCGCAAAAUACCUAAAACCCAUCCUCGAAGGCACUCGCGGCGAUGGCAAUACCUCGAAGAAGCGCAGAACUCUCGGCGUCAGCAAAAUCAACACUGUCUCGCAGAUCGAGCGCAUGAUCAAAGCCGAGGUCGACCGCACGAAAGAAGCAGAAGCCAAAGCGGAAGAAGAGGAUGAGGACGCCGAGGAAGAAGAGGAAGAAGCAGAGGAAGACAAGCCCGAUGCAGUUGAUGAGGAUGAUAACUACUCUGCGGUGUCGACAGAUUCGGAGGAGUCGGAUGACGAUUACAACGCUGAGCAAUACUUUGAUAAUGGUGAGGACGAUGAUAUCGACGAUGCGGAUCCGUAUGAAAACACAUAUGAAUGA